AUGAAAGCCGGCGGAGGGGCGGCGGGAGAGGGGGAGCGCCGGGGGCCGUCGGGCGGUGUCGGGGAAGCGGAGGGGGGGGUGCUGCGGAGACGGGACCGCACGCACAGCGUCAACACGGCCUUCGGCGCCCUCCGCCGGCUCAUCCCCACCCGCCCCGCCGACCGCCGCCUCUCCAAGGUGGAGACGCUGCGCCUGGCCUCCAGCUACAUCUCACACCUGGCCAACGUCCUGCUGCUCCAGCGGCGGCAGGCGGAGGCGGGGGGAGACCCCCAGCCCUGCCCGAGGCCCGAACCGCCGACCCCGCCGCCCGCCGGGCCCCCGGCCCCCCGGCACAUCUGCACCUUCUGCCUCGGCGAGCAGCGGAAGCGGCACCGAGAAGGAGAGAAACCGCUGUCUGGUCCAGCUUUAGGUGGACACUGAAUGGGCUGAGAACCUGGCACGAAUGUACCACUGCC